CUUAGGAGAAAAAAGGGUUAAAAGACCCUAAGCGCAUGCGCCCAAACGGCGGCUUGGAAGCCAGUGGAUCCCGCUCUCGCCGCUCUACGCCCUCUCGCGGUAUUUCCUUCUCCCGCGGGAGUUAUUUGAACGCUCUGGCGGUAACCACGCCCCCGGACUGUCGGCUGUUGUGAGACUGGAGGCUGAGGCGUCUUUGUGGAGACCUCCGCCGUGGUCCGUCGAACCGGCUGCGCCGAAACGCUGAACAGGCUUCGUUCCUGCUGGGUCCCGGCGCCAUGGGGGCGGAGAAGAGGCUGCUGCCGAUUAAGGAGGCUUUCCAGCUGGCGCAGCAGCCGCACCAGAACCAGGCGAAGCUGGUGGUGGCGCUGAGCCGCACCUAUGGCUCGAUGGAUGACAAAACAGAUUUUCAUCAGGAGUUUGUUCAUUACCUUAAAUAUGCAAUGGUAGUCUAUAAACGAGAACCAGCUGUGGAGAGGAUAAUAGAAUUUGCAGCAAAGUUUGUUACUUCAUUUCACCAAUCAGAUAUGGAAGAUGAUGAGGAAGAGGAAGAUGGUGGCAUUUUAAAUUAUUUGUUUACUUUUCUAUUAAAGUCUCAUGAAGCAAACAGCAAUGCAGUUAGAUUUAGAGUGUGCCAGCUCAUAAAUAAGCUCUUGGGAAGUAUGCCAGAAAAUGCCCAGAUUGAUGAUGAUUUGUUUGAUAAAAUUAAUGAAGCCAUGCUGGUUAGAUUGAAAGAUAAAAUUCCAAAUGUAAGAAUACAGGCAGUUCUUGCGCUUUCACGCCUUCAGGAUCCCAAAGAUGAUGAAUGCCCUGUAGUUAAUGCAUAUGCUACUUUGAUUGAAAAUGAUUCAAAUCCAGAGGUUAGGCGGGCAGUGUUAUCAUGUAUUGCACCAUCAGCAAAGACUUUGCCAAAAAUUGUAGGCCGCACCAAAGAUGUGAAAGAGGCUGUCAGAAAACUGGCUUAUCAGGUUUUAGCUGAAAAGGUUCACAUGAGAGCUUUGUCCAUUGCUCAGAGGGUAAUGCUCCUUCAACAAGGUCUUAAUGACAGAUCAGAUGCUGUGAAACAAGCGACACAGAAGCAUCUUCUCCAAGGCUGGUUACGUUUCACUGAAGGAAAUAUGCUAGAGUUGCUUCAUCGGUUGGAUGUGGAGAAUUCUUCUGAAGCGGCAGUCUCUGUUCUCAAUGCCUUAUUUUCAGUGACUCCUCUUAAUGAACUAGCAGAAGUCUGUAAAAAUGAUGGCGGGAAAUUGAUUCCAGUGGAAACAUUAACUCCUGAAAUUGCUUUGUAUUGGCGUGUCCUUUGUGAAUAUUUGAAAUCAAAAGGAGAUGAAGGUGAAGAAGUUUUAGAGCAGAUUUUGCCAGAGCCUGUAGUAUAUGCAGAGUACUUACUGAGUUAUAUUCAGAGCAUUCCAGUUGUUAAUGAUGAACAGAGAGGUGAUUUUUCCUAUAUUGGCAAUUUGAUGACAAAAGAAUUCAUAGGUCAACAAUUGAUUCUAAUUAUCAAGUCUUUGGAUACCAGUGAAGAAGGAGGAAGGAAACGACUGCUGGCUAUUUUACAGGAGAUUCUUACUGUCCCCACUACCCCAGUAUCCCUAAUUUCUUUUCUUGUUGAGAGACUACUUCACAUCAUGACAGAUGAUAAUAAGAGAACACAGAUUGUUUCAGAAAUUAUCUCAGAGAUUCGGGCACCCAUUGUCACUGUUGGUGUUAAUAGUGAUCCAGCUGAUGCAAGAAAGAAAGAACUCAAGAUGGCUGAAAUAAAAGUUAAACUUAUUGAGGCAAAAGAAGCUUUGGAAAAUUGCAUUACCUUGCAGGAUUUUAAUCAAGCAUCGAAAUUAAAAGAAGAAAUAAAAGCAUUAGAAGAUGCCAAAAUAACCCUAUUGAAAGAGACAGAGCAACUUGAAAUGAAAGAAGUCCAUGUAGAAAAGAAUGAUGCCGAAACACUGCAGAAGUGUCUUGUUUUGUGUUAUGAACUCUUGAAGCAGAUGUCCAUAUCAACAGGUAUAGGUGCAACUAUGAAUGGCAUCAUUGAAUCUUUGAUUCUUCCUGGAAUAAUAAGUGUUCAUCCUAUAGUAAGAAAUCUGGCUGUUUUGUGCUUAGGAUGCUGCGGACUGCAGAAUCAGGAUUUUGCAAGUAAACACUUUGUAUUACUACUGCAGGUUUUGCAAAUUGAUGAUGUGACAAUAAAAAUAAGUGCUUUAAAGGCAAUCUUUGACCAGCUGAUGACAUUUGGAUUUGAACCAUUUAAAACUAAAAAAAUCAAAUCCCUUCAAAGUGAAGGUGAAGAAAUAAACACUGAUGAAGAGCAAGAGUCAAAAGAAUCUGAAGAAGAGGCUGCUACAGCCAAGAAUGUUCUGAAACUACUAUCCGAUUUCCUAGAUAGUGAGGUGUCUGAACUCAGGACAGGAGCUGCAGAAGGACUGGCCAAGCUGAUGUUCUCUGGGCUCUUGGUCAGCAGCAGGAUUCUUUCUCGGCUUGUCUUGUUGUGGUAUAAUCCUGUGACUGAAGAGGAUGUUCGACUUCGACAUUGCCUUGGCGUGUUCUUUCCCCUCUUUGCGUAUGCAAGCAGGAAUAACCAGGAAUGUUUUGAAGAAGCCUUUCUUCCAACUCUACAAACACUGGCCAGUGCCCCUGGCUCUUCUCCUUUAGCUGAAAUAGAUAUCACUAAUGUUGCCGAGUUACUUGUAGAUUUGACGAGACCAAGUGGAUUAAAUCCUAAAGCCAAGGAUUCCCAAGAUUAUCAGGCCUUAACAGUUCAUGACAAUCUGGCUAUAAAAAUUUGCAAUGAGAUCCUGUCAUGUCCAUGUUCACCAGAAGUUCGGGUCUAUACUAAAGCCUUGAGUUCGUUAGAGCUCAGUAGUGAUCUUGCUAAUAAAGAUCUUCUGGUUCUGUUGAAUGAGAUUCUAGAGCAAGUAAAAGACAGAACGUGCCUGAGAGCUUUGGAGAAAAUCAAGAUUCAGUUGGAAAAAGGAAAUAAAGAAAAUGGUGACCAAGCUGUAGCAGCGCAGGAUGACGGCACAGUCACGACUCUUUUUCAAAGUGAAGAAAAGAAUAAAGAAGUGUAUAUAACUCCUGUCAAAGAUGUAAAGGUAACCCGAAUGAAAUCCACUCAGAAGCAGACUAACAGAGGACGAAGAACAGUGACAGCUUCAGCUAGAAUGAGCAGGAGACGUCAGACUGAGGCUGAGGCUGACUCUGAAAGUGAUCAUGAAGUUCCAGAGCCAGAAUCAGAAAUGAAGAUGAGAUUACCAAGACGAGCCAAAACAGCAGCACUAGAAAAAAGUAAACUUAACCUUGCACAAUUUCUCAAUGAAUAGGUGAUAGAGAUGGAGUCCUUUGAAAAAUGUCCAUGAAGACUAUGUUCAGUUCUUUCCUUUAAUAAAGUUACCCUUGUAUGAAAA